AUGUCGGCUCAGAGUAUUGACUCUUGCAAAGGCGGCGCCGCUGAAUGCGACACGGCUUUAUCCCCCGUGAGCCCGUCACAUCCCCCCAGUCAACUCUGCGCGCAACACAGGAGGGGCUCGUCCUUGCGGGGGACGAUGGGGAUUGCAGUUCCGAAUGAAACCCCCAGCGUGCUCGCCGGCUUCUCGGCUUCCGGGCCAUCGUCACACAUGGACUCACGGUUUUUGUUGCCGGAGGUUCUGUCCCCGGGGUCGUCGUUGCUCAAGAGUGCGAUGUUGCUGAACUCCUUUGAGGAGGGCUCCCUGCGACGGACGCCGCUGACGCCAUUCUCGAAUCCGUCGUGCCCGAUAUCCCCACGGUCACCGUCAGCGUCACCAGCGACGGAGCCGCAGCCCCAAAAACUGAUGGCGUCCUCCUUCAAGGAGCGGCAGCGCAUGACGGAACUAAAUCGUCAAUACUUGCAGAAGCAAAAAUUUGCGGGUUUGGCUUUGGAGAACCACAUGACAAAGCCGGCGCCUCCUGGGGUGCGUAUGCGUGUCCCGAUAGGAACCAUGAGCUUUGCUUCGGCCGGCAUCAGGGAAGGAAAGGACAGUAGUCCACAGCUCCCUGGGAGCGGUCAAGUGUCCCAGCAGAAGGGGGACGGGGGAGACGAUAAGGCGGGCACCACCGACGCUGGAUCUUUUACGCCGGUGUUGUCGCAAGUUGCGCCUCUGCUCGCCCCAAUGCCCUGCACACAGGAGCAAAGUGGGGGAUUCAACAGCAGUGGGGAUGCGUCUUUGGCGCAUUUUAUGCGGACGCCAAUGGUGCCGGCAUUAUUCAAAGGUUCUCGACUCUGGAGCAUGACGCAGUCCUCACCUCACUGUGGGAGCUUCCUGUCGACGCUACGGCCGUUUGAGGGUAAAGUUGCCGCCUGCAACUCACUGGGGCAGUUGGACAACUUUUCCAAAGCGAAGUCGUUACCAAAAUUAGACAGUGUCAGGGUGGAGCGGGAGCCGCGGCGUGUCUCUGGUGAAGAAACAGAAACGAGCUCCACAACAACUCCUGUUAAUAACGCCAAGGAUAUGUCCACCCCAUUUGGAUUUGAGGAACCCCCGCGUGGGGGAAAACUGUCGGUCUUCGCGGGUUCGAGCCCUCUCACUACCGCGAUCGAUAAGGCGCCGCACACUCCCACAAGGUCCCCCAGCAGCAUGAGCUCCCUUGACCGCACAUUCCCCCCCCAUCAUUUCAAAAUGGGGCAGCUCCAGCGUAAAUACAGUAGCACGUCCAACUCACGGGGCAAUUCUUGCGUUGCACUGCGCUCUAUUACCCCGCCGAGGGCAACACUGAGUCUUGUGGGCAAACCAGGCUUUUCCCCAAGGGGUGGUAAUUGCGCAAGAGUGAACGAUGAGGCUCCGAGCGACCCCUCACAGUCCGCCACUGUGCUGACUCCAGCGAAUAGGCAGGGCGACCAGGCUGAGUCGCCAUUCCGGGUCAAAGACACUGCAACGGGCCUCACGCUGAUGCAAGGGGUGCAGGGUAAUGUGAUCUCCGCGCCAACGCCAGUGAUCGACGGCACGUACAGGCCACACCAUGAGUAUUUGUCCGAGCUGGAAAAGAUGGAUGGGACGCCAUCAGUCAAUUCUAUGUCGCACUGCAACGCACACUUGGCGGGUACGGUGGGGACCUCGAGUGGGCUGGAGCGUCGGGACCAUGAGAAGAUGCAGAAGCGUCCGGCAGCGUUUUUCACGUCCUCGUCCCCACCGUUGUCGAAUGAUGCUUGUCGGAACUUCAACAAAGCGGUUACAGACGGUUUCCUGUCGACUGCUCAGGCAGCGUAUGAAGGCUCUAGCUCAUCAGCAUCUGCAUCAUACACAGGGCCGCUCGAGGUGUCCGCCGGACGCCCACCGUCACUGCACACAUUCUCUACCCUUGCCGCAACGCGAGAGAAUAAGCGCAAGAGCUCCUUUUCCAGCCUUUAUUUUUCAAUGACGAAGCGGCACCAAAUGCAGCGACUCACGCAUACCGGCAACCACCAGGCCCAGGCGCGGUUAGAGGAGGAAACAACCCGUGAGGUAAGAGGCGGGGACAGUGGGAUCUGUGAGGGCCUGAACGCGGAUGACGACGACGACGACUCUUCAAAAGGGUUUUGUAGAGUUGGGAUUUUAGAGACAGAGGAGCAUGUAUUUAUUCCACGGUAUGAGUUACUACCGGGGGGCCAGACUCCGAUGGAAAUCAUGUUGACUAGUAUUCGAACAACGGGGGCGGGUGGCCACAGCAACUGCAUUAGUGGUCAUGACAAGGAGGAGCGGUGGGGUGGCUCAGAUAGGUGUUUCAAUAAACUAGACAAAUGCAGCGAGCAGCAGGAGAGUAGCGAGGAUGUCUUUACCUUUGGUAGCAUCUCACCCGAGUACACGACAAACCCCACGGAGGAGGAUACAUUUGUGGACUGCAAGGUGGCUGCCCGACUCUCUUUUGACUCCGAGCAAGGUGUCAUGCUUAUAUCUACAAAGGAGGAGGUGGGGAAGUAUAUUGGACAAACGUUUAGCAUAGGCGCUAGCGAUGAGGCGGACGAGGAAGAGCAGUCAAGGUGCACGUGUAGUAUGCAGUUCAUCACAAAGGAUCUCCGUGGCGUGGACUAUAGCAACUACCACGCCCACACACUGUACCACCACUGCGUUUACUGCAAACGACGCCCCGCGUCGUUUCUCUGUUUACACUGCUUACGCUCCACCUGUCCCUCACACGUGACACAGCACUACAGAGAGUGUGAGGCGGAAUGCACACUAUUCCUUAAUUUACUCGAUAUCAUGACGAGUUUUGACCGCAUUUUCUGGUGUGAGAAGUGCCGCUGCUUCACAUGGAAGUACACCGAGGCGUAUGAUCCGCUGGUGGACCAGUUGGCCAUCACGCGCGGAACGUAUCUGCAGGAGGCAGUCCGCGAUAUCUCGUGCGUCGGCUACUAUGUUCGGCUGAGGCGGCCGCAACACUGGAAACUGCACUCGAGUCAUCAUAUGUCCCUGCCGCGGGAUCCGUUGUGUUGCAGCUUAGGCCCUAGUCCCAAAUUACUGGCGACUGGGUCGCUGUCGACAGCUGUGUCUCCCAUGCACCUGCCGUUGGACGUCGUGCACGAGCGGUCGAUCAAUGCGGCGUCGCUUGCCGGGGGCUUCGACCAGGCCAGCCUGCUCUUUACUGGAGCUGGCAGCGCUGGUUGUGGAUCGCCCGUGGCACGCCGGAUGCUACGCGAUGGUGGCGAUCCGCUGUCUCAGAACGAGGUUCUGCGAGUGGGGGGGGCGAUGCCAAAGCUGGUCGCACUUGGCGCGAAGGUGCAGGGUUGGCGCGCCACCCAAGAAGACGCGGAAACCGCAUUUGUUAUAGAUAUCCCUGCACUCUCCCACAAGUCAUCGUUGGAGCCCUCUACUACUACUGCGGCUGCGGCGCCAGCAGUAGACGGAGACGAGGAGGCGGAGGGUGAGACACCUGAUACCAUCGCAAUGGCGAUAUUUUGUGUGUUUGACGGCCAUGGUGGGGACGCCGUGGCGAAGCUUGCCGCCAGCAAGUUUGAGUCGCACCUGCGCGAGGCGGUGGCAUCCGCGCGGUGUGACGAUGUGCAGGCGCGUUCACUGCUCUUUCAGCUGGACUUUGAGUCCUCGUCACCACCGUUUUCCACAGUGGAGGGAUCGCCGGUCGCCGCGCGGGGGAACACCUUUGGCUGCCAGGUGGGUAACCCGGACGAGGAUAGGAACACCGGUGCCAGCAAGGACGACGAUGGGCGGGAUGUCGUUCUCGGGAGCGAGGCACUGCGACGGCAUCUCGAGACAACCACCGCGGGCCGAUUGCCAUUGCCGUUUGCGCCGUUGCCGCAGUUCGCCGCAGCCGAAGCUGUGGAGCUGCCUGAUGGUCAGGCGCCCAUGCACCCCAUAUUGGAUGUGGGUUGUAUGGGGGAGAGCGCCGCGGAGGCGUUUUUGUCCAACUCCGGUGGAUGGUGUUGCGGCACCGCCUCCCCAGUUGUCUCGCGGCAGGAGAUGGAGGUACUGCGGGUGUAUUUUGCCAGCAUCAUGGAGGACGCCCUUCUCUCGCUGGACGAUGAUCUGCGGCAUAGCCCAGAGGGAGUGCGCGGGGACUACCAAACCACUGGAUGUACCGCGUGCGUCGUUGGCAUCACUGCAAACUUUAUUCUCUGCGCCAACGUCGGGGACAGCGGGGCUGCUGUGUACACCGAUCACACCAUUCGUCGGAUCAGCGUCACACACCGCAUCACUGACCCGGUGGAGGAGGCGCGCAUCACGGCCGCCGGCUACACCAUUACGGGCGAGCGCAUCGAAGGGCUUUUGGCUGUUACGCGGGCGUUGGGCGACUACGACUUCAAGCAGUGUGGUGGCAAAGGCCCUAAGGAGCAGGCUGUGAUUGCGGUCCCGGAUGUCACUAUCAUGCCGGUGCCGUUCUUGGAGGACAAUGCGCGGUUGGGUGUCGUGGCCGCCUGCGACGGUGUGUGGGACACCGCGACGCUGCACCAGGUGCACCACGCGAUUGUCAACACCCCCAACGACUUGGAUGUGGCUGGGUCCGCGAUGGAUGCCGUCAUACAAGCCAGUGAGAUUGCAACGGCGCUGCCGCGCAAAGAGUCGGCGGCGCGUGACGGCGAAGAUGCCGCAGAGACGGUCCUGCUAGAUGCUCAGCUGCUAACCUCCGCCGCCGGUGUCUUUGCACAGUGUGUGGCUCCCUGCGACAACGACGAGGGAAUUGGCCUGGACAACUGUAGCCUGUUUUUGAUUGAGCGCCGCUGGCUCUGA